GAAGUUGUCAUUGGUUAAUGGUAGCUAGCAGCUCGAUGACACACAUCAGAACAUCGGAGUUGAUUAUUCAUUAUUGGUGCUUCAUCGACUAGUUCACAGUCAAGCGGAGCAAUCUGACCCUAGAUCGCCAGUAAUUCUUACUGCUCUGCCCCUCACCACGGUGACCUAUUUGUGUACCUGAGCAGAGGAGGAUGUGUGAGGAACAGACAGUGUCUCUGGUUGAUGUUCUGGAGGAAGACGAGGAGCUAGAGGAAGAAGCUUCAGCUGUGCUGGCAGGAAGUGACUCUGACCACUGCUCCUAUCCUCAGGGCUACGUGAAGCGGCAGGCUCUGUAUGCCUGUAACACCUGCACGCCAAAGGGCAGCGAGGCGGCCGGCAUCUGUUUGGCGUGCUCCUACAAAUGUCACGAAGGUCAUGACCUCUUUGAACUGUACACUAAGAGGAACUUCCGCUGUGACUGUGGAAAUGGGAAGUUCUCGGAGCUGCAGUGUAAACUCCAUCCGGACAAAGAUGAGGUAAACAGUCUGAAUAAAUACAGUCAGAACUUCUUUGGAGUUUACUGCACCUGUGGCCGACCGUACCCAGACCCAGAGGAUCAGGUGGAGGAUGAGAUGAUUCAGUGUGUGGUGUGUGAGGACUGGCUGCACGGCCGGCACCUGGGCUGUGUGGUUCCAGACUGCGUGGAGCUUCAGGAGAUGAUCUGCGAGUCCUGUAUGAAAACGCACUCGUUUCUCUGGACCUACGCUGCGCACCUAGCAGUACCGGGUGGAGCAGUGGAGGUGAAGGAGGAAAUGGCAAAAGAGCCCACCAUUCCCACCAAAGAAGAAGAGGUUGAUGAUGCCAUUGAGCCUAGCUGCAAACGGAGCCGUGAGGAAGUGGAGCCGAGAUGCAGACUGAAGGAGCUGCAGGUAAUUGGUCAGAAAAGAGUCCAAUCAGGAGCUGUGUUCUGGCCUUCAGCGUGGCGUUCCAAACUCUGCUCCUGCAGCAUGUGCCAGCUGCGCCUGCUUGAAGCUGGUCUGUCCUUCCUGUUGGACGAGUCAGACACUGUCCUCGCCUACGAAAACAAAGGAAAGAACAGUGAGCAGAGACGACAGGAACACGACCCUCUGAUGUCAGUGCUCGACAACCUGAACCACGUGCAGCAGCUCGAGAUCAUCCAUGGAUACAAUGACAUGAAAACUGAGCUGAAGGACUUCCUGCAGAGAUUUGCAGCUGAAGGAAAAGUUGUGACAUCUGAUGACAUUCGUCAGUUCUUCGAGCAGCAGAGUCGUAAAAGACGGAGAGUUGAUGCCGGAGCGUUCUACUGCACCUGAUCCCCUCUGACCUCACCUCCAUCUGCUGAUCUUUCAUCCCUGAAUAAAUGGAACCUGUUGUGUGUUUCCUGUUUUAACUUUUCUAUAAAAUCUGUCGGACAUGUCGAACAACCUCUUUCUUUCUCGGUAAUGUUUCCUUUUUAAACAAUCUAAUAAAACAAUCUGAACAUGGCAA